GAGGCCAUGGCUGGUGCAGUUGUUGUGACAGCCCCAAGCAGUCCCUGCCUCACAGCCACUUCCUCCAUGAAGGUCGCUGGGGGUCUCCUUCUGCUCUGUGCAGUGACCUGCUUCUGCAGCAGCUCAGAAGCUGCUAGUCUGUCUAUAACUAUGGUGGACUGCAGCAUUUACAAGAAGUACCCAGUGGUGGCCAUCCCUUGCCCCAUCACUUACAUGCCUGUUUGUGGUUCUGACUACAUCACCUAUGGGAAUAAAUGCCUCUUGUGUACUGAGAGCUUGAAAAGUGAUGGAAAGGUCCAAUUUCUUCAUGAAGGAAGAUGUUAACUUCUCCAUAGAUGUGGGUGCAGAGCAAUGAUAAUCCGCAGUGUCAUCUUCGUCGUCCUUGGGCUCUGACUGCCUUCGCCCUCACCAUGGCCAAGUUCUGGGGGGAGGAAGGUGCAGAGAUAGAUGCAAUCUCCCCAAAGGCCUUUCUUUUUUUUAUUAUUUUUUGUUAAAUUUACUGGGGUGAUGUUGAUUAGAAAAAUUAUAUAGGUUUCAAGCAUACAAUUCUGUAAUACAUCAUCUGUAUAUUGCAUUGUGUUCACCACCCAGAGUCAAUUCUCUUUCCAUCACCAUAUACUUGACCCCGUUUACCGUCUUCUACCAACCUCGUCCCCUCCCCCAUUACCCUCUAAUAACCACUAAACCGUUGUCUGUGGUCUAUGAGUUUUCGUUUGUUUGUUUGUCUUGUUCAUUUGUUACUUUGUUUUCUA